GAACCAGUUUAGCACGCUGACCCAUUUUAAACUGGGCAGUUAAAAUUGAUUACCAACGAUAUGAAAACAAGUUGAUUGAACUUGGCCAUUACCAAGAACCUUUCUUCAGAUCUCUUAUCUUAGUAGAAGACUCUGGUAUAAAAGAGGCUGGCAGAAAUUAAAGAAUCAACAGUUGGCUAAUAUGAAUCGCAGAGUGCAAGUAUUGAUGAUCUUGGGACUGAUUUGCGGCUGCCAGGCACGUAUUCCCAACCUGCGUCGGGUUGUUGGAUCCGCUCGAAGUGGUUUAGAUGUGGACGUGGAGGAACCGAUUGGCCCUCAAAUUCUAAUCUAUUCACCUGGCGAUGCCAUGGCUAGAUCCGAUGACCAGGAGCCCAUCUUCCAGGAGCCGCAGAUCAGGGAGGAAGUUGCCGAAUCUGAACCGGAUAAGGACAGUCGUAAAGUGCCCGAUUAUCUCUACUCAAAUGCCAUUCCCAUGGUCAACGAUCAGAAUGUGAAGUACGUUGUACCUCAGGUGGCUGCCUAUCCCGUGGCCUAUGGCCCUCAAUUGAUCUCCAGCAAAAAUGGAAUCAACCAAGGAAACCAAGGAAAUGGUCUUUCCUACGUGGUUGUCCCACGUGUCCAAUUGGGUUUUAAUGUCCAAGGUCAGUCGGGUUUCAAUUGGCCAGGGCUCAAUCUGUUGCCCACAAAUCUGGGUAGUGAUUCGGCAGCCGCCGAGAAGGAGGAGCCCCUGCCACCCACUGCCUACAUUCCGAUUCCCGUGCCCGGUCCUCCUGGUCCACCCGGUCCACCUGGACCACGUGGACUGACUGGUCCCGCUGGUCCUCGGGGUCCUCGAGGUCCUGCCGGUGAAUCGGGCCUUAUUUCAGCUCAGAAACCUCAGAGCAUUUGGUACACCCAAACCGGCAGUAACAACAAUCAUAACAAUAAGCCCCAGUACAACCAGCCCUUUUCCGGUGGUUAUCAAAGUUAAAUAAAGAAAUAUGUGAACCAAAUAAAAAAUGGGAACAAAAAACAGUAAACAGCCUAAGCUGAAUUUAAUGGAUAUUUGUUUUUUCAUGUUACAAAUUUAAAAUUGUUUAAUGCAUAAUCAUGUGUUUUUCAAUAAAAAAAAAUCCAUCACUUUA